GACUGCGACCUGCCCCACGCCGGGUCGUGGAGUAUCCAGGACACCAUCUACAAUGGGGAGACGCCUCAAAUUUCUGCAGAAACUGGCCUUCCUGGGCCAGGGUCACCGGUACAAGGCGCUAGAGAGGGACGAGGUGGAGACCCUGAUCGGUGAACAGUGCGAGCUGAAAGCCAUCGAAAGAGAAAAGACAGUCACAGCUCUGCCGCCCAGGGAAGCGUGCAAAUGCAGCAAGGAGGACUUGGCCAGAGCUUUCCAUGUGGACCUGGACAGCGGCCUGUCAGAGUUUGCAGUAGCCCAGCGCAGGCUGGUCCAUGGCUGCAAUGAGUUUGUCACUGGUAACACUGAGCCUAUGUGGAAGAAAUACCUCGAUCAGUUCAGGAACCCCCUGAUCCUGCUGCUGCUGGGCUCAGCCGUGGUGAGUGUCCUCACCAAGGAAUAUGAGGACGCUAUCAGCAUUGCCCUGGCCGUUCUCAUCGUGGUGACUGUUGGAUUCAUCCAGGAAUACAGGUCGGAGAAGUCUCUGGAAGAGCUGACCAAGCUGGUGCCUCCAGAGUGCAACUGCCUGAGGGAUGGCAAGCUCCGGCACAUGCUCGCACGAGACCUGGUCCCAGGAGACAUCGUGUCCCUGUCCAUUGGAGACCGGAUCCCUGCUGAUAUCCGACUCACGGAGGUCACAGAUCUCCUGGUGGAUGAAUCCAGUUUCACGGGAGAAGUGGAGCCAUGCAGCAAAACAGACAGCCCAUUGCUGGGCGGUGGCGACCUCAGCACCCUGAGCAACGUGGUCUUCAUGGGGACACUGGUGCAGUGUGGGAAGGGCCAGGGAGUUGUGAUUGGAACGGGAGACCAGUCUCAGUUCGGAGAAGUGUUCAAGAUGAUGCAGGCUGAAGAGACACCUAAAACUCCCCUGCAGAAGAGCAUGGACAGGCUGGGCAAGCAGCUGACGAUCUUUUCUUUCGGCAUCAUCGGUCUCCUGAUGCUGGUCGGCUGGAUGCAAGGGAAACCCCUUUUCAGCAUGUUCACUAUCGGGGUCAGCCUGGCUGUGGCCGCCAUCCCAGAGGGGCUGCCCAUCGUUGUCAUGGUGACGCUGGUCCUGGGGGUGCUGCGGAUGGCUAAGAAGCGGGUCAUUGUGAAGAAGCUGCCCAUUGUGGAGACUCUUGGCUGCUGUAAUGUCAUCUGCUCUGACAAGACAGGCACUCUGACAGCCAAUGAAAUGACAGCAACCCAGCUCGUCACAUCCGAUGGGUUCCACGCAGAGGUCAGUGGAGUCGGGUACAGUGGCGAAGGGACGGUGUGCCUCCUCCCAUCCAUGGAAGUGGUCAAAGGAUUCAGCAACGUGUCAGUAGGGAAGCUGGUGGAAGCAGGCUGCGUCGCCAACAAUGCUGUCAUCAGAAAGAACACUGUCAUGGGACAGCCCACAGAAGGAGCCUUGAUGGCGCUGGCCAUGAAGAUGAAUUUAGAUGGUGUCAAGGAUUCCUACAUAAGGAAAAAGGAAAUUCCCUUCAGCUCAGAGCAGAAGUGGAUGGCAGUGAGGUGCAGCCCGAAGAACGAGGAUCAGGAAGACAUUUACUUCAUGAAGGGAGCCUUCGAGGAAGUGAUCCGUCACUGCAGCAUGUAUAACAAUGGGGGCAUCCCCCUGCCUCUGACACCCCAACAGAAAGCCUACUGCCAGCAGGAAGAGAAGAAAAUGGGAUCACUUGGCCUGCGGGUGCUGGCCCUGGCGUCUGGACCCGAGCUGGGGAGACUGACAUUCCUAGGUCUCGUGGGCAUCAUUGACCCCCCGAGGGCUGGCGUUAAGGAGGCUGUCCAGGUCCUCUCUGAGUCUGGCGUGUCCAUCAAGAUGGUGACAGGGGACGCUCUGGAGACCGCCCUGGCCAUAGGAAGAGCCAUCGGCCUGUGCGACGAGAAGCUGAACGCCAUGUCCGGCGAGGAGGUGGAGGGCAUGGAGCAGGGCACACUCGCGGCCCGAGUGAGGCAGGUGUCCAUAUUCUUCAGGACCAGCCCAAAGCACAAGGUUAAAAUCAUAAAGACAUUGCAGGAGUCAGGGGCGAUUGUGGCCAUGACGGGGGACGGUGUGAAUGACUCGGUUGCCCUGAAGUCUGCCGACAUCGGGAUUGCCAUGGGACAGUCGGGGACGGACGUCAGCAAAGAGGCCGCUGACAUGAUCCUGGUAGAAGAUGACUUCUCCGCCAUUAUGAGCGCCGUGGAGGAAGGCAAGGGGAUCUUCUACAACAUCAAGAACUUCGUCCGCUUCCAGCUCAGCACGAGCAUUGCGGCCCUGAGCCUCAUCACCCUGUCCACCGUGUGCAACCUGCCCAGCCCCCUCAAUGCCAUGCAGAUCCUGUGGGUGAACAUCAUCAUGGAUGGGCCGCCAGCGCAGAGCCUGGGGGUGGAGCCUGUGGACAGAGAUGCCCUGCGGAGGCCUCCGAGGAGCAUGGGGGACACCAUCCUGAACAGAGCCCUGAUCCUGAAGGUCCUCAUGUCAGCUGCUGUCAUCAUAGGAGGGACCCUCUUUGUCUUCUGGAGAGAGAUCCCAGAGAAUGGCACCAGCACCCCACGCACCACCACCAUGGCCUUCACCUGCUUCGUGUUUUUUGACCUCUUCAACGCCCUAAGCUGCCGCUCUCAGACCAAGCUGAUAUUUGAGAUCGGCUUUUUCCGAAACCGCAUGUUCCUGUACUCGGUUCUUGGCUCCCUCCUCGGGCAGCUGGCCGUGAUCUAUGCCCCACCCCUGCAGAAGGUCUUCCAGACAGAAAACUUGAGAGCGCUCGAUCUGCUGCUGUUAGCUGGCCUGGCCUCGUCUGUCUUCGUUCUGUCCGAGCUGCUCAAGCUGUGUGAAAAGUUCUGCUCUGGAGCCAGGACCACCCAGGCACUCCCGGAGGCUGUGUAAAGGAACCAGUGUGUCACGGCCCUGACUCACCU